UCGCUUCUUCCUCCACAAACCCCCGGUCCCCGGUCUUGCGUAGUCGAAGAGAGAGAAAAACCCUCGCCGUCGAGAAUGAGGGCCGCUCUCCGCCUCGCCUCCGCCCUCCGCCGCCUGCCAGCUCGCACCGGCGACCUCGUGUCCUCGCAGGCCGUCCUCCCGCCGCUCGCCGGCCGCGCCCCCCUCCUCUCACGCGCCCUCUCGCUCCCUCACCUCCCCGCCGCCGUCCGUCGUUUCUCGGACAAGAGCCCAAAAGACCACCUUGACCGCGCCACCACCCUGAUCAAGCAAGGGGAGCUUCUCGUCGAGGAAGGCAAGGUCAUUUCCCGUCACCUCACCAAGGGGGUCAAGGACUCCACCAAGGAUCGGCUUCGCGACUUCAAAUCAGGCCUAUCGGAAAUCAUCAGGCUGCAAUUUCGCCAUCAUUGGGUAAACCGCGUUGCUUGGCUGAGGAUCUCAGUGCACUCUUUACUUAUCCUCGUCACCGGUGGGAUCCUCAUCCAUCUUGGGGGCUCUUACCUGUUGGACUUAUGCAAGCCUCACAUGAAGGCGAUUGCUACCAAGGCAAUUGACAAGGCGGAGGAGAGGGGUAAGGAAGUGGCAAGGUCGGACAAGUCGAGGGCGGCGGCUCAGAAAUUCAUCGAUCAGGCCAUCAACAGUUUCUCCAUAUGGGCGCUUGUGUUUGGCUGGAAGAAGAAGAAGGAUGAACCCAAGAAGGAGGAGGAGGCACCCAAGAAGUAGAGGCUCAAACCCAAGGAGGAGGGCACAAGCAAUUUUUUGUUCAUUGAAAGGGGGUCCCGCGAUUGACUGCGCCAAUCAGUUUUUAUUUCUCAAUCUUUACUUUGGUGCUCUCAAACUUAUCAAUGUGUUGCCUGUAAUGGUUCAAGAUCUCUGUUUUGGGUCGGUCCUGUGAGAAUUUUAAUAUCCAAUAUUUAGUUGACUGAUGAUGUUUCUUUUAA